CUAAAGCGCAUGCGCAGAGUGUUGUGUUUUUGGUCACCGGUCAACAGCGUUUCUUACGUGAUAAACGUUCAUAUUUCUUAUCAUUAUUAUUAUUAUUAUUUUUAACGUAAAUGGUUUGUUAACGUUUACGUUAAACCGACGGCGCGGGUGAAAUGGCGGGAGAAGAACAGGAGAAAAACGACAAGGGUUUCAGGCUGCCGGGGUUUGUGGACGUCCAGGGGACUCCGUGUGCCAGAGAGGCCUUACUUCACGGAGCUGCAGGGUCAUUAGUUGCUGGUCUGCUUCACUUUCUGGCCACAAGUCGUGUGAAGAGGUCAUUUGACGUUGGCUAUGCAGGUUUUUUCCUCACCACACUCGGCUCCUGGUGUUACUGCAGGAUGCACAAUGCUCAGCUUCGUGUUCAGCAGAGAAUCAUUCAGGAAGGAAUCAAGAACAAGAUCAUCUACGAAGGAUCGGGUCUGGAUCCAAACAACAAACCUGGACCUUCAUGAUCUCAACUGAUUUAACAUCUAAUGACUGUCUUUGUUUUUGUGUCACGUUAAACUGUGUCAGUCUUCAUGUGGAAACGUCAAACGUUCUAAAGUUCCCUCUGACUUUUUAAUUCAUUUUAUCAUAAAUAUUAAAAUCUUGAAAAUAAA